CCUUCGAACAGACCAUUGCCGUUUCGAAGAAGAAUGCAGGCCUCUUUCACCUUUGAACCUCGAACAGGGAGGAAGGCGACCGGUCACCAUGUCGGGCAAGGCCAAGGCUAAGGCUCCCAAGGAGGAGACCGUGACCCUGGGACCCACUGUCAGGGAGGGGGAGCAUGUCUUCGGGGUUGCGCACAUCUUUGCGUCCUUCAAUGACACCUUUGUGCACGUGACUGAUCUGUCUGGCAAGGAAACCAUCACCCGUAUCACCGGAGGGAUGAAGGUGAAGGCGGACCGUGACGAGUCGUCCCCUUACGCAGCUAUGCUUGCGGCCCAGGAUGCGGCAGCGAGGUGCAAGGAGCUCGGUAUCACUGCCCUCCACAUCAAGCUGCGCGCCACUGGCGGCAACAAGACCAAGACGCCCGGCCCUGGGGCCCAGUCUGCUCUUCGUGCCCUGGCCCGCUCCGGCAUGAAGAUUGGCAGGAUUGAGGACGUUACUCCCAUCCCCACCGACAGCACAAGAAGAAAGGGUGGACGCCGUGGACGUCGUUUGUAGUUAGCCUACGCCACUGCCUUGGCAACCGUGGGCGGAAGCUCGGAAGAACAGCUUUGGGGUUGUGCUUUCAGCUUUUGGCUAUCAUCGUCCUUUUGUAACAUCAGUGCUUACUCACCUGUUUGACAUUUUGUUUCACACACGCAAAUGCUUGAGGAGACGUCUUCCAUUUUUCAUGGACUCAAGAUUGCGCAUCGUUGUUUGAGAGGCUAGCAUGUCGCCCGGCGAUUGUGGCUCUGCUACCCUCCA